GAACCGCUUGUGUACCGAGGGCGCCGGGGAAUGUGUGUCCAACUCACCUCCGUUAACCGUUGAAAGGAACGGCCACGGCCGUCAGAAAAUCCUCUCGCCUUGAAGCAGGAGAAUGAGGGAUUUCGGAGGCAGGCACUCCCACCAGGCUCAGAGUCACUCCGAUUGGGGAAGGUGGCGUGUAGCGCCCGGCAGCUGGAAUCAAAUCUCCCAGGAGCGAAGACCUGAGGGUCAGAGAUCAGCGAGGAGAAUGACGGUAUUGGGUAAUGUUAGACAUGAGCAGAGCAAGGCCGAUGGUCCAGAAGCUGAUGUUCCAGCAGAACUCCAGGUGUUAAAAGGGCCGCAGCAGCAGCAGCCGACCUUCCCUUUUGCAGUUGCCAACCAACUAUUGCUUGUCUCUCUGCUGGAACACUUGAGCCAUGUGCAUGAACCAAACCCAUUUCGUUCAAGACAGGUGUUUAAAUUACUUUGUCAGACCUUUAUCAAAAUGGGGCUGCUGUCUUCUUUCACCUGCAGUGAUGAGUUUAGCUCAUUGAGACUACAUCACAACAGAGCCAUCACCCAUUUAAUGAGGUCAGCUAGAGAGAGCGUUCGUCAGGAUCCUUGUGAGGAUAGUUCUCAUAUUCCGAAGAUCAGAUCAAGGGAAGUAGCCUUUGAAGCACAGACUUCACGUUACUUAAAUGAGUUUGAAGAGGUUUCCAUCUUAGGAAAAGGUGGAUAUGGAAGAGUAUACAAGGUCAGGAAUAAAUUAGAUGGUCAGUAUUAUGCGAUUAAGAAAAUCCUGAUUAAGGGUGCAACUAAGACAGAUUGCAUGAAGGUUCUACGGGAAGUGAAGGUGCUGGCGGGCCUCCAGCACCCUAACAUUGUGGGCUAUCACACUGCUUGGAUUGAGCAUGUCCACGUGGCCCAAACGCAAGAUAGAAUUUCUGUUCAGUUGCCAUCUCUGAAAGUGAUCUCCGCCCAGGAGGACGACAGGUAUGUGCACUGUAUGCAAUACCACCUGAUGCUGCACAUCCAGAUGCAGCUGUGUGAGCUCUCCCUGUGGGACUGGAUCGUGGAGAGGAACAGGCGGAGCCGGGAGUGUGUGGAUGAGUCUGCCUGUCCUUACGUUAUGGCCAGUGUGGCAACAAAAAUUUUUCAAGAAUUGGUGGAAGGUGUAUUUUACAUCCAUAGCAUGGGGGUUGUGCACAGAGACCUGAAGCCCAGAAAUAUUUUUCUUCAUGGCCCUGACCAGCAAGUGAAAAUAGGAGACUUCGGCCUGGCCUGCACAGACAUCAUUCAGAACCCAGACUGGACCAGCAGGGGUGGGAAGAGACCACCAACACAUACUUCCAGAGUGGGCACCUGCCUGUACGCAUCACCCGAACAGCUGGAAGGAUCUGAAUAUGAUGCCCAGUCGGACAUGUACAGCUUGGGCGUGAUCCUGUUGGAGCUCUUCCAGCCGUUUGGAACAGAAAUGGAGCGAGCACAGGUCCUAACGGGUCUGAGAACUGGUCAGAUGCCCGAGUCCCUCAGUCAGAGGUGUCCUGUCCAAGCCAGGUGCAUCCAGGAGCUAACCAGAAAGAACGCGUCCCAGAGGCCGUCGGCUAUGCAGCUGCUGCAGAGCGACCUUUUCCAGAAUCCCGGAAGCGUCAAUCUCACCCUGCAGAUGAAGAUAGUAGAGCAAGAAAAAGAAAUAGAAGAACUAAAGAAGCAGUUACGCCUCCUUUCUCAAAACAAAGGGGUGAAGGAUGACAUGAAAGAUGGGGGUGUUCCUGUCUAGCUUAGUCUCUAGAAAUAGAAAAAUGAACUUCAACUCUAUAAGCUAAACCCAACUGGAAUGUAUAGUUUCAGUCUUAGGGUCUAGAUGGUGAAAUACUUGGUUUUAGUCAGGAAGCUUGUACAUGAUUUAUUCAAGUGGGAUUGCGGAAGUACCACCACCGACUUCCUUAAGUAGCCCUUUCCUGACCCAGCAUCGGAACUCGACUGCUCUAAACACCUAUUGUACUCUUUCCUGUCUUUUGUCCCACAAGCUCCUGUUCCUGAUUUCUUAGUAUUAGUGUCUGUCUGGUCUCUCAGACUAAAAAUUUAGGCAUCAACAUCAGUUCUUUUUCUUUUGAACUCUGUCCCCCUCUAGACGCUUCUGCAGAAGUCUGAGUGUGCUGCACACCCAGUCACCACCCAGAUCCAGCCUGCGCACGAGCUGGGCUUUUUUAAGCCUCUCACACGCUGCCAGUCAACCACCAGGACAUCUCAGUUCACGCCAGGCUCAAAAGCCUUUGCUGCCUUCAGCUUGGCAGUGUAUGUCACCCAGUCUAUUUCUGUCCUCAUCACCUUCAACUUGGCAUCAUGCCCUUUCAGAGCUCUGUACUUCGUGCCCUGAAAUGAUUUCAAAGCAGCUCGGAGGCCAGUGUUCCUAACUUUGCCCCUGCAUUGUUCGUCACAGCACCGGACUCCGAUGCUCCUCCAAGUCAGCAAUAUGACAUGCUCAUCUUUGCACUCAAAGGCGCCUGCCGCCUGGCUGGCAGGUGUUGUGGUGUACUGCAUGUGAUGCCGCUGAAUUUUAAAUAAAACAGACCCACAAGUUA